AUGCCACAAGUUGAAGACGGGCCAUAUGGUGGCUUUGGAGGUAGCUACUACAAUGCAGAAAAUGGACAACGCAAAAUAAAGAGAAUUGACGCCUGGGGACGGAGCUGGGAUGGCUAUGAUGUCGUUAAUGGAUUACAAUUCACCUGGGAUGAUGGCUAUCAGGGCCCGCUUGUCGGCCACAAGAACCCCAAUAUUUAUAGACCGUUCGAGUUCGACCGGGAUGAAAUUAUAACUUCCAUGACCAUCCGCGCAGGAGACAAUGUAGGAUAUGUCGACGGGAUCGAGUUUGACACAAACCAGAACCGCCACUAUGAAGUUGGUGGAAAGGGAGGUAAAGCAAACGUACUCCGAGGAAGGCUCCUUGGGAAUGGUGAAUGGACUCGAGCUGAAGGCAGAGAUCCGAUUCACGGUGCCGGGGAAGUUCUGGAUAACAUCAAGGUAUUCUUCAACACUUAA